UUGGGGCCACACCCACUGGUAAAGGUAUAAACAGUGAGGUUUGGCAUUAGCCACCAAAGCCACCUGCCUGCACCAUGAAGUCCAGCAGCCUCUUGCCCGUGGUGGUGCUUCUUGCCCUGGGAACUCUGGGACCAUGGGCUGUAGAAGGUUCUGGAAAUGAAGCUCUGAAGGCUGGAGCCUGUCCUGUCAGACCACGUGUCCAGUGCUUCCGCUUUGAGAAACCGGAGUGCCAGAGUGACUGGCAGUGCGGAGGGAAGAAGAGAUGUUGCCUGGAUUAUUGUGGCUUCAAAUGCCUGGAUCCGGUUGCCAUCCCCAAACCAGUGAAUAAUAAGCCUGGGAAGUGCCCAGUGGUGGAUGGUCAGUGUCUGAUGCUCAAUCCCCCCAAUCGCUGUGAGUCGGACAGCGAGUGUGACCUGGACUUCAAGUGCUGCAUGGGCAUGUGUGGGAAGCUCUGCGUUGCCCCCGUGAAAGCUUGAUUCCUGCCCUUUGGAGGUGACUCUGGAUUCCUAGUCUGUGUGGCCUGGGGAUUCCUUCUGCUUCCAGGUUGGAUCCUGUGGUGAGGAUUUGGUUCCCUCACCAAUACCUCCUUUUGGCAAGUGCUUGGCACUUUCAAGAAAUAUGUUAAUGAGUGAAUAAAUAAAUACACUUCUUUCUCUACGUA